UGGCAGUCGCGUAUAAAAGAAGACGCAGGAGUCGGUUGGAGUCAGUUGCUAUCGCACCGCACAGGGGGUUUAGCAGUGAGCCGUCAGUCAGACAUCUAAUUCCGGCAACAUGAGGGAGAUCGUGCAUCUGCAGGCUGGACAGUGCGGCAACCAGAUAGGAGCCAAGUUCUGGGAAGUGAUCAGCGACGAGCAUGGCAUUGACCCAACUGGCACUUACCACGGUGACAGCGAUCUGCAGCUGGAAAGGAUAAACGUCUACUACAAUGAAGCAACGGGUGGUAAGUACGUUCCCCGAGCUGUUCUGGUGGACUUGGAGCCAGGAACCAUGGACUCUGUACGGUCCGGACCUUUUGGGCAAAUCUUCAGGCCAGACAACUUUGUGUUUGGCCAGAGUGGUGCUGGAAACAACUGGGCAAAGGGACACUACACGGAGGGAGCAGAACUGGUUGACUCUGUGCUGGAUGUUGUAAGGAAGGAGGCUGAAAGCUGUGACUGUCUUCAGGGUUUUCAGCUCACCCACUCCCUGGGUGGUGGCACUGGCUCUGGCAUGGGUACACUUCUAAUCAGCAAGAUCAGAGAAGAGUACCCAGACAGAAUCAUGAACACUUUCAGCGUUGUGCCCUCCCCAAAAGUAUCUGACACUGUAGUAGAGCCUUACAAUGCCACCCUGUCCGUGCACCAGCUUGUAGAGAACACUGAUGAAACCUACUGCAUAGACAAUGAAGCCCUGUACGACAUCUGCUUCAGAACCCUAAAACUUACCACUCCCACAUACGGUGACCUGAACCACCUGGUGUCCGCCACCAUGAGCGGAGUCACGACCUGCCUGCGCUUCCCCGGCCAGCUCAAUGCUGACCUUCGUAAACUAGCCGUCAACAUGGUACCUUUCCCCCGUCUGCACUUUUUCAUGCCUGGCUUUGCCCCACUCACCAGCCGCGGCAGCCAACAGUACCGAGCACUUACUGUGCCUGAGCUAACGCAGCAGAUGUUUGAUGCGAAGAACAUGAUGGCCGCCUGUGACCCACGUCACGGACGCUAUCUGACCGUAGCAGCAGUAUUCAGAGGCCGUAUGUCCAUGAAGGAGGUGGAUGAACAGAUGCUCAAUGUACAGAACAAGAACAGCAGUUACUUUGUAGAAUGGAUCCCCAACAACGUUAAAACGGCUGUCUGUGACAUCCCACCCCGCGGCCUGAAGAUGUCUGCAACCUUCAUCGGUAACAGCACCGCCAUCCAGGAGCUGUUCAAGCGCAUCUCUGAGCAGUUCACAGCUAUGUUCCGUAGAAAGGCCUUCCUCCACUGGUACACCGGGGAGGGUAUGGAUGAGAUGGAGUUCACAGAAGCUGAGAGCAACAUGAAUGAUCUGGUCUCUGAGUACCAGCAGUACCAGGAUGCCACAGCUGAAGAGGAGGGGGAGUUUGAGGAGGAGGCUGAGGAAGAGGCUGCAUAAAGCUCUGUUCUAACAGUUGUGUAAAUUAUGUUUAAAGCUGCAACAACUUCUUUCUCUGUUAAUGAGAACUUGUUUUCCUUAUGUUCAUGUCUCUACUUGUAUCCUUAUGUCACUUUUUCUCCUUCCUACAGUUCCUUUCACUACAUGCUGUACAGACCGUAAACAUCAUUAAAGCAUUUUUCAGAA